GGGCAUUGAGUAGAGAUGUAAUGAGAUAUAUUUUUAUGGGUUGACAUGGUUUUUGGUGUGGGAAGCAUAUAAUUUGUUGUCCUCUCUGCUGUUUCUAAAUGAUUGCUGCAUGGCUGUAACAUACUAUAUGUAUAAAAGCUUACACGAAGAUUUGUUGAAUCUUCCUCCUGCUCCUCUGUCAGUUCGUCUCUUCUCCAUCUCUUUCUGCCUCUGUCUCUCUCUCACACCAUAUAUAAACGCAUGUACAUGGACUAUUGGAUUAUCAGCUUUUGGAAACAGGAGAUUUUUCUCUAUCCCAUCCUCACCACAACAACCCAAAAUAUCGGUUAGCCAACUUGCUGUCGUCCCCACAGAAGGGUACGGACAGUUUUGAAGGAUUUUCUCAACGCGGGUGGUGAAUUAUAAUAGGUGGAGGAGGUGAAAUCAUUCCAAGAAGAUCAACAUUUUUGGAUCGAAACUUGAAAACCUGUUCUGAGAAGGACUAUUGCCCGUGAAGUUGGCGUUGUGGGCUAGGCAACAGGCUGAGCGCAUGCCUGGAAACAAGUGCAACGGUAAUUCUUCUGUCCCCACAACUCGAGUGGAAAGGCUCCUGAGAGAGAGAGAACUAAGGAAAUUCAACAGGACAUUCCAUCCAAAUGAGGAGAGUAGUGAUAGUAACAAGGACGCUGAGCUAUAUGAUCAUGAAUUGAACUCAAGAGAGGGCAAUAACUGCAAAAGUCCCUAUGAGCAAGAGUAUCUUGAUGUGGCUGCACUAGCAAGAUCAUUCAGCGAAGGAUGUGAACGGCAAGAAAGAAGGCCUUCCAAACAACGGCUGUUGGUGGUGGCAAAUAGGUUGCCUGUCUCUGCAGUUAGGAGGGGUGAGGACUCGUGGUCUUUGGAGAUAAGUGCAGGGGGUCUGGUUAGUGCGCUGUUAGGUGUGAAGGAAUUUGAGGCAAAGUGGAUUGGAUGGGCUGGUGUAAAUGUACCUGAUGAGGUUGGGCAGCGUGCACUUGCCAAAGCCCUUGCUGAAAAGAGGUGCAUCCCAGUUUUCCUUGAUGAGGAGAUAGUUCAUCAGUAUUAUAAUGGCUACUGUAAUAACAUCUUGUGGCCUCUUUUCCAUUACCUUGGACUUCCACAAGAAGAUCGCCUUGCAACUACCAGGAGUUUUCAGUCCCAGUUUGAUGCAUAUAAGAGGGCAAAUCAGAUGUUUGCUGAUGUGGUAAACAAGCAUUAUGAAGAGGGAGAUGUAGUUUGGUGUCAUGAUUACCAUCUGAUGUUUCUCCCAAAAUGUCUAAAGGAAUACAACAGCAACAUGAAAGUUGGCUGGUUUCUCCACACACCAUUCCCUUCAUCAGAAAUUCAUAGAACAUUGCCAUCUCGGUCAGAGCUUCUGAGAUCUGUUAUUGCUGCAGACUUAGUUGGUUUCCAUACAUAUGACUAUGCAAGGCACUUUGUUAGUGCUUGUACUCGUAUUCUUGGACUUGAGGGUACACCUGAAGGAGUAGAGGAUCAAGGAAAGCUGACUCGUGUAGCUGCGUUUCCCAUUGGGAUAGAUUCUGAUCGGUUCAUUCGAGCACUUGAGCUUCCUCAGGUCCAAGAGCACAUCAAUGAAUUGAAACAGAGAUUUGCUGGCCGGAAGGUAAUGUUAGGUGUUGAUCGCCUUGACAUGAUUAAAGGAAUUCCCCAAAAGAUAUUGGCAUUUGAAAAGUUCCUCGAGGAAAAUCCAGACUGGCGUGAUAAAGUAGUCUUGCUGCAGAUUGCUGUUCCAACUAGGACAGAUGUUCCUGAAUAUCAAAAACUUACCAGUCAGGUUCAUGAAAUUGUUGGACGCAUUAAUGGCAGAUUUGGAACUUUGACUGCUGUACCCAUACACCACCUGGAUCGAUCCCUUGACUUUCACAAAUUAUGUGCACUAUAUGCAGUUACUGACGUAGCCCUUGUGACAUCUUUGAGAGAUGGAAUGAACCUUGUCAGCUAUGAGUUUGUGGCAUGCCAAGAUUCAAGGAAAGGGGUUCUCAUUUUGAGUGAGUUUGCAGGAGCUGCACAGUCUCUUGGUGCUGGAGCUAUCCUGGUAAACCCAUGGAACAUUACAGAAGUUGCUUCUGCAAUUGGUCAAGCUUUGAACAUGCCAGCUGAUGAAAGAGAAAAACGACAUCAUCAUAACUUUUUGCAUGUGACUACCCACACUGCUCAAGAUUGGGCUGAAACCUUUGUAAGUGAACUGAAUGAUACCAUCGUUGAAGCUCAACUGAGGACAAGACAAAUUCCACCACCACUUCCAGUCAAGGAUGCUGUUGAACGCUAUUUGCAGUCUCGGAACCGAUUGCUCAUACUGGGAUUCAAUGCAACAUUAACUGAACCUGUGGAUACUCCUGGUAGAAGAGGGGGUGAUCAAAUUAAAGAGAUGGAGCUUAAAUUGCAUCAAGAUUUAAAAGAUCCCUUGGCAAUACUUUGCAGUGAUCCAAGGACCACAAAUGUUGUCCUCAGUGGAAGUGACAGAAAUAUUUUGGACAAAAACUUUGGAGAAUACAACCUGUGGUUGGCAGCUGAAAAUGGGAUGUUUCUACGCCGUGCUAAAGGAGACUGGAUGACAACAAUGCCUGAGCAUCUUAAUAUGGAUUGGGUUGAUAGUGUGAAGCAUGUUUUUGAGUACUUCACUGAAAGAACACCUCGUUCUCAUUUUGAGCUUCGUGAGACUUCACUUGUGUGGAAUUACAAGUAUGCAGAUGUUGAAUUUGGGCGACUCCAAGCAAGGGAUCUGUUGCAACACCUAUGGACAGGCCCAAUUUCUAAUGCAGCAGUUGAUGUUGUCCAAGGUAGCCGAUCAGUUGAGGUUCGAUCAGUUGGUGUUACGAAGGGUGCAGCAAUUGAUCGCAUACUAGGAGAAAUAAUCCACAGCAAAUGCAUGACAACACCAAUUGACUAUGUUCUUUGCGUUGGUCACUUUUUAGGGAAGGAUGAAGAUAUCUAUACAUUUUUCGAGCCAGAACUUCCUGCAGAUCCAUCAGGUACUGCAAGAGCCAAGGUAACCGAUCCAAUCAAGACAUCCAUUGAGAAACGGGCAGCACCAAAACUUUUGGCAAGUAAAAGUGCAUCUAAGGCAUGUCAUGGUAAGACACAGCGUACCUCAGCGGCCUCAGAGAAAAAAACAACCAAUCAUGUCAGUGGGACAGUGUGGCGGCCAUCACAGGAUAGUAUCCCAUGGCAUGAGGGUUCAGUACUUGAUCUCAAGGGAGAGAAUUACUUCUCUUGCACUGUUGGGAGAAAGCGCUCCAAUGCAAGAUAUCUCUUUGGUUCAUCAGAUGAAAUUGUCACAUUUCUGAAGGAGUUGGCGGCAGCAUCUUCCUCAGGUUAAAAUCAUCAAGGUUUUGCUUCUUAUGGAUGAAUAGUCUUUGCCCGAUUCAACCUGGCACUGGAUCCUAGUGUGGUGGUGAUAACACAGUGGUUAUUCAAUUCUUUUGUGAGGCAAAUAUUGAGUUAUCCCAUGGCUUUUCUCUGCCUUUUCCUCCAUUCUUAAUAAUUUGACUGUUGCUGUGGGAAAGCUCAUUAAAUGCUUGUGUUAACAGGAUGACAUUUGAGUUGCAUAUCGAUUGCUAUGAACAUUACAAGAGGAAAUCAAGAAUGGGAUAAUUCUUCUUUUGCCCUGCCA